UAAUAAUGCUUGUUUUCGAAAGAGGGAAAUGAAUCACUUUUGCGGGAGACAAAAUGGAUCUUUAUAAAACAUUGGAGCUAAAGGAAUUAAGCUGCACAUCCCUGUUAAAAGGUACGGAGACGGUUGCAAGCAACGCAAGAUCACACACAUGUUUACCAUCAGGUUUGUAUAUAGGGAACGUGAAAGUGUUGGUGAAGGCACAGUUUGGAAUGGACAGCUCAAAGGAAAUUGUAAUGAAACUGGCUGUUCGAGCAGAGGAUCCAUCUGUCAGCGAUGCGAUUCACGCACUUGUUGCUAACGGCUAAACAUAUCAAAGGUUCGCAGGGAUCUUUCCCUUUCGCUUUUGGUCUUGAAAAGUGCUUAUUGUCAUUUCUCUAAACAUUUUUUUGAGUUUGCUACUUUUUACCAUUAGUAUAAAUAUUCUUUUGAUGA